AUGUCUAUUGGGGUCAAGCCUGUCGGUCAGGGACAGACUCCACAUGGUACUGCAGGUGCGUCGGGCUCUCAGACUCCGAUGAUUUCAGAGGUACCUACCCUGACUAUACCCGCCAUACCCACUCCUACAGUAUUCACAGUGCCACCAGCAGUACCACCUACGGCAUAUCCGGCACCUCCACCAGUUGUGCCUACUGUGUACCCGGCACCGUUGCCACCUGUGCUUGCUACUGUAUACCCGACCCUCGUACCAGCAGUACCAAUCACUCCUCCAGUACCACCACCUAUUGUACCUCUAGCCCCUACUACCUAUAUUGGCCUUGCAGUGCCACCUGUGGUACCGGCCCCGGCUUAUGCAGCAGCACCAUGGGCACCUACCCCGGCCUAUCUAGCGACACCACCUGUAGUCCCAGCUCCAAUGGUUUCGCCAAUUCCCGCAGCGAGCUCUACUCACCCUACUGCCAUUAUUGCGACACAAGCUCGGAUUCCAGCCUUGGCAGAGUCGGUGAAAAGUCGAUUCACGCUAUUCCUCGGAGAGACCGAUCCGAGCGUGGCUCAGUCUUGGAUAGAACACUAG